AUGGCUCGCUCACUGCCUCUCGAGGCCCUCCUGCAUAUCUUUUCUUUUCUCACAGAUGACAUAGUCUCUUGCGCUGGCGUCUGUCGAGAGUGGCAAGUAGCCGCGGAGAGAACCACCUUCUCUACUCUGCUCGCCAACUCCUCGAACCUUGAAGAUCUCCGUCGCAUUGUCGGACGCACCAGCACUCCAUGGCGACCCUCUUUCGUUCGGAAGCUGGAUUUCAAGUGCAUCUUACCGGCGUACGGCGUCCAUGCCCGGAGUCGCUUUGAGGACGAGAACGAUCGCAGUUCAAACGACAAGGCGUUUACGCAAUCCGUCACAUCGCUGUUCAAGGUCCUAAGCUCAUGGUCCGACGACGACCGAUGUAAACUUGAACUUGUGAUUUACGCCCGCUCGCCAGGUGAUGUUGAAUCUGAGCCCGACUGGGCUAAACGGAAAAUCCGAAUGCAGAAGCACCAGGCUUUUCCAGACGAAGACCUGUUGUGGGCCCGCUAUGGAUCUUCGUAUCUGCACCUGACCGAGGAGGCACAUCUGUCGACCGCCAAAUGCGUCGUUGAACUCCAAGUACAUGGUUCUUUUCCCUACCGGGAAUUGUCGCCACGAAGUGUAUCCGAGAUCCUCGAGAUUGUCGACUUGACACCAAUCAUGAUCGGUCCUGAGCUCUUUUGGCCAGCAAGUGCCAGCAAAAAUAUUCCAUACUGGCCAAACCUUACCAAAAUCAAUGUGCGAUAUGCAUCUGCCACCCCUUCCGGCACAUGGCUCUUUGAGAGGGAUCCAAGAUGGAGGGAUGUGUCACCUGGUCGCUACCAUACGCCCACCUGGAACGAAGGGGAUCCUCCAGGUGAAAAGAAUAUCAAUCAAUUUCGCACGAUGCCUAAUAGGGAGCUCAACGAGCUUUAUCUUGCUGCCGGACGUGCUGCUCAGCAGAUGCCUAGGUUACGAACUAUGAUACUCUGGGCUGACAUACGAUGUUCGGGGGAUGGGCUCGAAGAGGUAAUCAAUGCAAUCUCCGAUCACUGGUUUCAAUACACCUCAAGCUCGGCUAGAGCGACUUGGGUUUGCACCUCGGAGUUUCACGUCGCACCUGAGGUCCGAGAGGUGUGGGAUGCCGUGGCCAAAAGCCAUGGUCAAAGUCAUAUAACUAUCGAGAACCUAGGAUUCCACGUUGGGCCUUAUGAAUCGGCUAGUCCCACGGAGUAUUAUGACGACGAGCAUGGAUUCGAUGAAGAUUUCAAGAAGGAAUAUGGAUGUUUCUCAUGGGAUUCUUAG